AUGAACGCACACACUCUUUUUGGUAAAUUGUUGAAACAUGAGAUAAAGCUGAAUAGACUUGUUGAUGACAAAGAAGGUGAUAAGAAGAAGAAGAAAUGUAUUGAACUAAAAGCUACUAACAUAAAAGAUAUAGAAUUAGAAGAUAAAGAUUGUCAAAGCAAGAUUGAAAAAUACAUGAAACUCAUGUUUAAUAAAUUCAAGGAGUUUCUAAGUGACAUUUGCGAUAAGGUCCAAAGUACUAUUAUAAUUUUAAUAAGGAGCAUAAAUGAUAUAUCAGAUAUAAAUGAUAUAUCAGAUACAAAUGAUACAAAAGAUACAAAUGGGAUAUAUCAUCCAUUUGAUAUAUCCGAUACAAAUGAUACAAAUGAGAUAUACGAUCCAUUUUUUAUAUUAGAUAUAAAUGAUACAAAUGAUAUAUCAAAUACAAAUGAUACAAUUGGUACAAAUGAUAUAUCAGGUACAAAUGAUACAAAUGAUAUAUCUGAUACAAAUGAUACAAAUGGUACAAACGAUAUAUCAGAUAUAAAUGAUACAAAUGAUAUAUCAGAUACAAAUGAUACAAAUGAUAUAUAUGGUAUAUACGAUCGAGAUGAUAUAUAUGAGACUAAUAUAAAGGAUAUAUGUGAGAGAUAUAGUGAGAUAUGUCGUAGAAAUAGAGAGAAGAGUACUUUUGUUCCAAUAGAUUAUAGAGAUCCCAAUUGUAUGGAAAAAUUAGCUCGUUUAUGGGUUCAAUGCCAAACUUGUUAUGGACUAAAUUUUAAGCAAUUUUUCCGACCCAAAAUGAAUAUUUGCGAACACUGUGGCGAGAAUUUGAAAAUGAGCAGUUCAGAUAGAAUCGACCUUUCGAUUGAUCGAGAUACUUAG